AUGACAUUUUCGUGCCUGUUCCUCAUCAGCGUGGACCAGCGUAGGAACCUGCUCAACGCGGACGGGGAGGCGGAGGCGGUCAAGAACGAUUCCAUUGUCGGCUACGAGACGGUCAUGUAUUUCAAUGCCGACGAGUUCAAGUCCAGGCGAUUUCGAUGGGCGAUGGGCGCCUUCCAGAGGCUUAAAGGGCAUGUCGAGGUCGAUGACUUGGUCAAAUACCGCUCGAACUUGAUUGUCUCGGUGCCGGCUGCCAAGAAGAACUUAGACAGGGUCGAUGGUUGUCUCGAAUGUGAGUGA